AUGGCCCUUCCCGAAGUGCAUCAUCUUUUUCACCGGCCCAUCGCUGAUCAUUCAUUUUCAGCAGACAAACAGACACUCGCUGUUGCCAAAGAGAACGUGGUGGAGCUUUAUCAGAAGUCCGGCAGCAAGUUUGCUUUGACCGAUGAAUUGAAAGGGCAUGACAAGACCAUAACAAGCGUGGACAUCUCCUCGCGUAGUGGGAAAAUCGUAACUUGUUCUCAAGACAGAAAUGCCUAUGUGUGGGAUCUCACAGCAUCUGGCUGGAAGCCUACACUUGUAUUGCUUCGGAUUAAUAGAGCGGCCACAUUUGUCCGAUGGUCUCCCUCAGAGCAGAAAUUUGCCGUUGGGUCUGGGGCUCGGGUUAUUGCCAUUUGUUAUUUCGAGGAAGAGAACGAUUGGUGGAUUUCGAAACACCUCAAGAAGCCUAUUCGAAGCACUAUCACUACGUUGGCCUGGCAUCCCAAUUCCGUCAUUCUCGCAGCUGGGUCAACGGAUUCUCACGCUCGAGUAUUCUCGAGUUUCAUCAAAGGGAUCGACGAGCGCCCUCAACCCACAGCAUGGGGGGAACGACUUCCGUUCAACACAGUGUGUGGAGAAUUUUUAAAUGACUCUGCUGGGUGGGUGCAUGACUGUGCCUUUUCACCCAGUGGAAAUGCUCUUGCAUUUACAUGUCACGAUAGCAGCGUCACAGUUGUUUAUCCCAGUGCACCGGAUCAGCCCCCAAGGGCAAUGCUAAAUGUUAGCACCCGACUAUUGCCGUUUAUGUCCUUGAUCUGGAAUGGAGAAAGCGAAAUCAUAGCAGCGGGCCACGAUUGCGAAAUAUAUCGUCUUAAUGGCAACGAGAACGGCUGGCAGCUGGCUGGGUCCCUUGAAACGAAAACUAGCCCAAGUGUUGGUGCUAUUCGUGAAGAGUCUGCGCUGAAUAAGUUUCGCCAAAUGGAUCUUAAAGGCAGUACAAAAGACGAUUCUAGGUUGCAUACUUUGCACCAAAAUACCAUCACCACUCUCCGUAUAUACGAAGGAGAAGGGGGGCGGCAAGUGGUGUUGAUGGAAGAGUUAUUAUCUGGGAAAUAUAAGAGCUAUACCCACUACCGUUUCCAGUGGACGAAAACAUACGUCAGCGAUAGACCCCUCUCCCAGGAGCUAUUUAACUCUCUUGAUGAGCUUGCUCGAAUAGUUGAUAUCACCUACUGUGUUGGUACAAUAGGAAUAUACCCCCCAUUUCAGUGUGCAGGCCGCUGUAAAGAAUUCAAAGGUUUUGAGUUAGUAAAGACCUGGAAUACGGGUCCCUUUCUCUCCGAUUCAUGCGGUUACCUCGCCCUUUCCCAUCCCCCAUGGCCAAAGCGGGUUAUCGUGGCUUUUCGAGGCACAUACUCGAUUGCAAACACCAUCGUUGAUCUAUCUGCCAUUCCACAGACCUACGUACCUUAUCCGGGGCUAUCUCCUCCAAAUAAUAACGGUAGACCAUGUGUGAACUGUACCGUGCACGCUGGCUUUAUGACUUCCUGGAAACAUACGCGCACAUUUAUAUUGAAACCUUUGACGGAUAUACUCGCAAGGUUUCCAGAUUAUGAGCUCACUGUGGUCGGACACUCCCUUGGUGGAGCUGUCGCCGCGCUCGCGGGUUUGGAGUUCCACACCCGGGGCUGGACACCGCAAAUUACGACAUUUGGGGAGCCAAGGAUAGGGAAUCGCAAGCUAGCCGAGUAUUUGGACGAAGAGUUUACUUUAUCCGCCGACGAGCCGCCCCCGGAUCCUAAAGGAAUGCGGUCAUCUUUUCGCCGUGUCACCCAUAUAAAUGACCCUGUACCUCUUCUUCCGCCGUCGGAAUGGGGCUAUGCUCCGCAUGCCGGAGAAGUGUUUAUUUCGAAACCAGAUCUACCACCAGCAUUAGAAGAUCUCCGUCAUUGCAGUGGUGAUUCAGACCCGAACUGCAGCGCUCAAAGCGAUAGGCAGGAAUUGAUGUCCAGCAUUGAAUAUUUUAGGCAGACCCUUUCGGACUUUGACUUCCGCCUUCGUGAGGAAGGGGUAAAUAACCAGUUAGAAGUUCCAAAGCAAUUUUCCAUGAUGAUACCAGUUCAGUACAAACUUUGGGAGUUGUUUUUUGCCCACCGGGACUACUUUUGGAGACUAGGCGUGUGCCUACCAAAACCCGAAGAUUGGAUUCCUGGAUGGGAUGAUUCGAAACCGUGGUGGAAGUGGAAAUGGAAAUGA